ACGGAGUGGAAGGUCGGAAGCGCUUUCCAUCUCGCUCCUGGAAAAAAAAAAACUGGCUGCUGGACACUGGUGUACAAAAGACCCGCACACACUCAGACAAACAGCCAAAAUCACAUGAAAGGUUUGCGUCUGAGAGGAUUUCGGGGAGUCUUCAUCCAGGAUUCAGGACAGUUUGGAAACUAAAUUAACUAUGCAUUUAGCUGGCGACAACUAAUCACAACGAUGAGUCACCGACGGGGUGCUCGACAUCAUUCAGGGGUUUUGUGGUCUUCUCUGACGGGCCGAAGUCCGGUAAGCUGUAUGAGUCUCAGCGUCAGGGCGACAGGCCCCUCUGGGUCACCUUCUGAAAUGAUGUGUUGUGGAGACGUGUGCAGCGCGCGAGAGUGCGUGUGAGUGACUGACCGACUGUCUUUCUGAAAGAGAAAAAGGGAGUCUGGAUAUAAACAGCAUCCAGAUUUUCAGGCAGCAACAGCCAGACACCCAGAGUUGCCAUCUGGCCUUUCUCCCAGCUCCUCACACCCAUGCAGGAUGCCCUGAGAGGGAGUCCUGGUCCAGCUCAGCGCGAGUUCAUGACGCCCUGGGCGGGCUCGUCAUGUGUCUCUUGCCCGAGCCCAGCGCCCAGUCCCUCCGGCUCAAUUUCCUCUUUAUGGUCGUGAUGGGGGUGGCCCCCUCACCUGCUCUCACAGCCUGCUGCCCCCACCAAUGUGUGUGCGAUGACCAGCUGGUUGCCCAAUGCGCUGGGCAGGAGCUCACCCAGUUCCCAAAUGACUUGCCCCUGGCCACCCGGCAGCUUAUCAUCUCCAACAACCGCAUCAGGGACCUUCCGGCACUGGAGCUCAACUACCUGUCUGAUUUGGUCUAUUUGGACUGCAGCAACAACUCUCUGACCGAAAUCUCUGAGUCCACUUUUGGGAACUUGCGGAAACUCGCCUACCUGGACUUGUCAUUCAACACCCUGCUGCAGAUUGAAGACCGGACCUUCAGGCCCCUGACAUCCCUGGUGAUGCUCCGGCUGACGGAUAACCCCACUCUGGGGGAGAUCCACCCGGAUGCUUUUUCAGAGAACAUGGCUCUGCAGGUGCUGGAUGUGAGUCGAAACAACCUGACCACCCUCAACAUCAGCAGCCUGAUUGCUCUGCCCGCUCUGCGGUCUCUGGGGCUCAGCGGCAACCCCUGGAGGUGCGACUGUGACACUGAGGACCUCUGUCUGUGGGUGCAGAUUGAGAGCUUCAAGUUCCAAGAUGUGGGCCAGACUGUUUGCCAUGGUCCCCCAGAGCUGGCAGGCCAGCUACUUGCGGAGGUCGGAAUGCAACUGCGAGCAGACUGCCACCAAGGCCUGGGCUACUGGGACUACCUCUUCUUCAUUGCCAUCGGAUUCAUCAUCUUCUCAGCUGGCACGGUUUCGGCUUGGGUGAUGGGUGUGCUCAUGGUGCUAUAUGAGCGCUACAGCAAGCAGAAGAACGAGCAGCUGAGCAGCGAUGAUGAGGAUGAGAGGGGAGGGAUGGGCAGAGGUGGGGUAGGAGAAGCAGGAGGAGGAGGAGGAGGAGGAGGGAACCAGGGGAAUGGGGAUCUGAGCAAGCCCAGCAUGCAAGUGUGACAGACUGAUGUAAAACAACAUCAUGAGAACAGGGGGAGAGAGGAACCAGAAGUGAUGAGAAGACUCUGAGACCAAAGGCUGCACAAUCAACCAAGAUCUGACUGUCUCUGUUACAUAUUUAGAUAUGUUUAGAAAUAUUCAACACAUUGGACAGAAUGUGUGUGCGUGAGUGAGUCUGUGAGAGAGAAAGAGAGAGAGACAGAGAUAGCAAUAAGGAUGGCUAUGCCUUUACUUUAGGAGUAUAGAAUGAUCUCUAAGAUUAUUGAGAGCAAUAACCCAUCAUAACACACACACACACACACACACACUAACAAACACACAUGCCCAUUUCAGCACAGAUACUCUGGUUUAUCUGAAUGUACCUGCAUACUAUAUGAGUACUUUUGAGUAAAAACCCUGUUAAGGAUAAUUAUAAGAACUUGCUAUGAGCAACACGUUCAAACACACACAUACAGUACAUCCUUUCCAAAUACUUAAGAAGGUGUUGGUGGUUGCAAACAGAGUGAUACCUUAUCUCUGCUGCACAAGGGAAGCCUAGUAAAUAACAGUAUUAAAAUGUGAUUUUCCUGAAUGCCUUAAGGCAACUUGCUUGAAAUCGUGGUGUCUAUUGUCUCAUAAUAGACAGAAUAGGUUUAGAAAGCACAAAAGUGCAGUUUGGGGUCAUAACAUCUCUAUAACAAAAUAAUGUAAAAGUAAAAACUAAACUAUAGUUCACAAAAAUUGAAUGCAUUUUACCAAGAUGUUUGGGGCUUUGGUGGCGCAAGUGAGCUGCUUGUGGGAUUCAUUGGUUAGUUUGAAGUUCAAAAGCACCCUGUGGAGUUUUUGACUAUGGAGCAAUGUUUUAGUGAGUAGGUCACCAUUUUGUAUGUACUGUAUUUGAUGCAUACAUGACACAGUGACAAUAUGCUAUUAUACUGACUGACGGAGGGGAUGAUUCACUAAGAAGCAAUGUUCACUUAUGUAUGCACAAAUUGAAAACACACACAAAAAUAUGAUGUUUGGUGUAGUCAGAGGUGAAACAGACUAAACCUUCAUCAACAGAGGGCAGAGAAACACAGCAUUUCAACUUGGUGUUUAGUUACUUUUAAAGGUCCUCAGCCUAUAGAAGAGUUCUACCUAUAGCAACACUACAUGACUGUGUCUUAUCUUUUGUGUGGUGUAUGUCAGUUUAUCUUCAUGUUUCUGUGUGUAUAUGCAAGCAACUGUGCAGUAGUUCCUUGCUCUAGUCUGUGUGGUCACCAUCCUAGAAGUGGGGCAGGCUUAUGGUGGCUGCACAUGAAGACAGCAUCAGGGUGAUUGAGUCAGGGGUAUAGCUAAAAGUGAUUCUACACUAUGUCACUGGAAGCCUCACUUGGAUGACCUCAUGUUACACUUGUGCACAUAGAGGCCACGCUCUAUAGGCCAGCUGUCAGUGUGGAACUAAGUCUAUGGAGUAGUAGCAUGCGUGUUCAUAUAUGGUAUACAUGAGUGUGUGUAUUUAAGUGGGGCAGAGCAAUUAUGGAACAUCUCUGUAAGCAGCAGAGAUGGGUGAUUCAUCAGCCCAUGCUGAUCUAAACCCAACCUCCUGCAUCCUGACCUGCUUCCGCCCUGUCCAUCACAGGACGGAUGGGCGGUUAGAGAUGAUAAAUGAGAAACUUUGGUUAGAGGUCACCGUCAGAACCAGGAAUUCAUCCCGAUUGAUGUACUUAUUGCUUGAAAGGCAGAGUGUCUCCAAAUGCUCCGGAUGAAUGGGUAUGGUUGAAUGAUAACCCUCCAGAGUGUUUGGCAGAGUGUCUGUGUGUGUGUCACUGUGUGUUUGUGCAUACCCUACUGUAAUGAUAAUAUAUCUUUAUGUGGAUGCAAAAGCAUAACAGCAGUUCUUUUACUACAGGAGAGUAAUUUGUAGUCAAAAUGUGUCACACAGCAGCCUGCUGAAGCACAUCUAAACAAUGACACGCCUGUACUCAAACACCAGAAUCUGCUCACUCACACAUACACACACAGACACACACACACAUAAGAUUCGCCAACAUGCACAAUAAAUCUAAAGAGCACAGCUGAAGUCAGAGCCUGCAGGCCAGAGAACAUUUUGGUCCCUCUUGCCAUGCAUUGCUGCAUCACCUUAUCCUCUUCACCAUCCUCAAUCUGACCCUGUCAUCAGCUCUCACAUAAUGUUGGUACACACACCUGCUGGACCUAUAAUUUAUCUGCUAAAUCUCUAGGCUGUCAUUAUUAUAUCAUUUGUUCAAAGACAUACAGGCUUUAAAGGAGACAGCUGCUGUAAAUCCUUUUGUUACGUCACUUUCAUUUGACCUACAAGAGUGUGACCUAUCAGGUGCAAACCUAAACACAAAACUUCCUGUUUGGAACAAGCAGCUGUUUUAUUUAGCUGAAUGUCCAUUUUAUGCUGCUGACAAAUAUAGAGCUGUUCAGCAAACAGAAAAUAUUGGUCUUUUACCAGUAGUAGGUCAGAGGAAUGGGGAGUCAGUGUGCCAAAAGGAUGAGAGUCCUGUGUGUACAUCAUUCUCACCUGCAUGGCUCACAGCACUCCACCCUCCCACUUUUUCCAUUUCAGUUGUGCUUCCAACUGUUCAACCAGGCUGUAAUCUAUCACACAGCCAUCAAAACUCCGCCUGCUAGAUCUUACAAUGUUUGAGCUCCUUAAAGCUUCCUAUGAUGGAGACAGGAAGGACUGCAUACAUACAGAUGAACCCAUAGACAGAAAAGGUGACUCAAAGGCUUGUAGAGAAACAAACAAAAAUGGAAAAUGUAUACAGCACUAGAAACACAAAACCCCGGAAGCACAACCACAUAUUGUGUUCAUAUAACCAUUACUUUGUGUGUGUGGGUAGGUGUGUGCUUGCGUUUGUCUGCUCAGUCUGAUCCUGUUAUUUCUUUGAGGGCAAUGUUAGAGCAUGAGCAUGAAACACAGAGACUAUCUAAUGAAAUAGGUCAAUAAUACAUCCCAUCAUUCCACACAGACACACACACACACACACACACACACACAGCAUAAAACUGUGUUCCUGGGAUGAAGAAUGAACGUUUUCUUCUUUGUGGGUACUUCCAGUUGAACCAGUUCAUGUCUGUAGAUUUUCCUUUACAUCCUCUGUGCUCACCAGUGACAGCAGGCCUGCAGUGGACACCAUUGCAGCAGAGAUCACGCUCUUGUAUCGUUUGUCUUAUAUUUGUCAGAUAGAAGCAGCACAGGCCAAAAAUGAAAAUGAACAUCUGGUUAUGGAUAACUUUCAGCAUGACCUCACUCUGACAGCUUAUACACACACAAACACACUUUCUAGCAUAACAGCCUUUCAGAUAACAUUGUGUUAUCUGCAGGCAGCUUUCAGCAGGGUUCCCUCAGCUUGUUUGCCCUUGAUGGCAAAAAGAGGAACCUGAGGGAAAUGUAUUACCAUUUAUCAGCUAUAGAACUGUCAAUUAUAAAUAAUAUAAAUUUAUAGUUGUCAGUUAAGUUAUCAGACUUAACAUGGAAUUCAUAUAUUUUCAAAAUUGGCCCUAAUUUUAAAAAGUGUAGCCAUUAUUGCUAUUGUGUCAGCUAAGAUGUUAACUAAUGUAAUGACUAACUUAGCACAUGCUACUUCCAUUGUGAAAGUUCAGGAAGUGUGACAAAACAACAUGGCCCAAACAUGGGAAUAAAUCCCAGGCUGAAAAAUCCUGUCUUCUUUUAACAGUGAGCAGUCUACCAAAGCAAAAGUGUAGACAUUGAGCUUACUGUGAAACAUAAAACAGGCCAGUCAGUAGGUAGCUAUACUAAAAAAGAGAAAAAUAAUAAGGAUAAGGAUAAUCACCUUUAUUGGCCAAGUAUGUUACACAUAAGGAAUUUG